AUGACGCAGACAUCGGCUGGCUGUCAAGCUGCCUCCUACUUUGAUGAGGACGCCUUUGCGGCGCUGACCGACGCGCUGACGGCGUUCGGUCAGCACGAGCUGGGCUGCCGCGCCAUCUCCCCGCCGUGGCUCUCCUUCUAUGUGGACGGGUGCGAGCAGCGGCUGCACGCAGACGUGCCGCAGGCCACAGCGCGGACCACGCUGCCAAACACGCUGCCAGGCAGCUUCCAGCUUCCUCAGCCCAGAGGUCACAGCCUCGUCUCGAUGGCGCCCACCACCCAAUUUACUGCCAAUUUAUAA